CUGGGCAUUGCUAUUGUGAACGAUUUCAAGAGCAUUGAGGGCGACCGCAAGAUGGGCUGCAGGUGGGUGCUGGGGGCAGGUGGGGCCAGGCAGUUUCGUGUGUGGUGGGGGGCAGGUAGGGGCAGGCGACCGCAAGAUGGCCUGCAGGUGCCUAUUGGGGGGGGUGGGUGGGUGCUAGGGGGCAGGUGGGUGCCGGGGAGCAGGUGGGUGCUGGGGGGCAGGUGGGUGCCGGGGAGCAGGUGGGUGCUGGGGGCAGGUGGGUGCCGGGGAGCAGGUGGGUGCCGGGGAGCAGGUGGGUGCCGGGGAGCAGGUGGGUGCCGGGGAGCAGGUGGGUGCCGGGGAGCAGGUGGGUGCCGGGGAGCAGGUGGGUGCCGGGGAGCAGGUGGGUGCGGGGAGCAGGUGGGUGCCGGGGAGCAGGUGGGUGCCGGGGAGCAGGUGGGUGCCGGGGAGCAGGUGGGUGCCAGGGAGCAGGUGGGUGCCAGGGAGCAGGUGGGUGCCGGGGAGCAGGUGGGUGCCGGGGAGCAGGUGGGUGCCGGGGAGCAGGUGGGUGCCGGGGAGCAGGUGGGUGCCGGGGAGCAGGUGGGUGCCGGGGAGCAGGUGGGUGCUGGGGAGCAGUCCCUCCCAGUGGCCUUUGGUGUGGAAACUGCCAAGUGGAUUUGCGUGGCCAGCAUUGACGUCACUCAGCUAUCUGUUGCAGGUUAUCUCCUCGCCACUGGCAAGACCGUCUACAGGCUUGUGCUCUGGGCCUCAUUGCUCCUCCUCCUUUGA